AUGCGUCGUGAUGUAAGAUUGUUGAUCGCGCUAGUCGUCGUCGCAGACGGUUGUGGUGAUUGGAUCUUUCCUGAUCGGGCUCAAUUCGAAUUGAGUAAAAUUUUGAACAAAAACUGCGGUGACACUCCGUACACCGAUCGUUUAAAACCAGAAAAUGGAAGAAUGUUCGAAAAUCCAUGGCUAGCACUUUUGAGGCAUCCUGAAGAGGAAGAAUAUUUCUGCCAAGGGACACUAAUUACCAACCGUCAUGUACUUACCACUGUUGUUUGUACGCAUUCGACAGUAGUUGAUGAAACGAUUGUUAUUCUAGGUGAAUAUGACAGCCAAUCAGCCAAACAGAUCUGUAAUGGAGAAAUGUGUAAUGAUGUGACGAUAAUGGAACGUUUACCACGCAAAUUGAUCACCCAUCCAAACUUUCAGAAAGAUACGUAUGAAGCAGAUGUGGCUUUGAUAAUGCUGAAUAGAAAUGUCAUCUACACAAACAAUGUUAAACCUAUUUGUCUACCCUUGACCCCAGUUAUUCCUGCUCGAAUUCAUGAUCCAAUCACAUACAAUGCCCUUUGGACGGUGGAAAAUAACGCACCCAAACAAGUUCAAAUAAAAUAUAUUCCCCAAAAGGAAUGCCAAAAGAUCUUGGGAAACGCAAUUGAGCUGCACAAUGGACAGAUUUGCGCCCAAUAUGCAAAGCGGAUCGAAACGAGGCUUAUCGCUGGUUCUGGGUCACCGCUGCUGAUUGAACAUCAGGAUCGAGCUUUUCAACUUGGGAUUCUUUCUAUUGGAGUUUUCAACGCUACCUACCUGGAUCCGUAUUUGUACGUGAAUAUUUCCUCUUAUGUAAAUUGGAUCCAUGAGACACUGACGAAUGAAUAUAAACCAUAAAUCAUUUUUUAUGCUC